AUGUCAACUUCGCCCUCCCCAGCAUCACCACCACCAACAGAUCUCCCGCCAACACCAUCACCAUCCCCAUUCAACUACAUACUCUCAUUCCUGCUCGUUGGGAUCUGCUGGGGCUUCACGACGCCGUUCAUCCGCAAAGCCGCCGUGAACUACAAGGCACCGAGCCACGCAUCCAUUACAGACCCGUCGCGACCGUGGCUGUCGCGCCAGGUCGCGAAGGCUUUCUACACCGUGCUGGGCCUGCUGCGGAGCCCCGGCUACGCGGUCCCUCUACUGUUGAACCUGACCGGGAGUAUCUGGUUUUUUUUGUUGGUUGGACAGGCUGAGUUGUCAUUGACGGUGCCGAUCACGAACUCAUUGGCGUUUCUUUUCACCGUGUUGGGCGAGUGGUUUGCGGAGGGGAAGAUGAUCACCCGCGAUACCUGGGUCGGCAUGACGUUUGUCUGUGGCGGUAUUGCGCUGUGCGUUUACUCGAAGCUUUGA